AACUCCGCCCCCUCCGCUUGCGUAGCUACUGUUAACGGAACAGUAUUGUUUAAUGUUUACCAUCUUUCAGCUUCACUGAACUAUCAGAUCUGGACGCUACACCUGAACAGCGCACAAUAUAUACAGCGAAAGGGGUGGACGCACUGUGAAAUAACUAAAGUAUGUCUCGAGAGCAGAAAGCAGUGGAACGUGCCAGGAAGGCCUUUCUCACAGGCCGGAGCCAAUCGCUGGAGUACCGCAUUACCCAGCUAAAAAACCUGCUGCGUUUUAUCAGAGAACGACAGAAGGAAAUCGCAGAGGGUCUCAAAAAAGAUCUCAGAAGGAGUGAGUGUGGAACUCCUUUGUAUGAGACUCUGGGUCUGGAAAACGAGAUUAACCUGGCUGUGAGAAAUCUGAAAGAAUGGGCAGCUCCUCGACCCGUGAGCAAGAGCAUGAUGACUAUCUCAGACCAGGUCUACAUCCAGCCUGAGCCUCUGGGAGUAGUGCUGGUCAUUGGGGCCUGGAACUACCCCUGGGCAGUCACCAUCGGGCCCCUCAUAGGAGCUAUAGCAGCAGGCAAUGCAGCUGUAAUAAAGCCAUCUGAAGUCAGUUCUCACACUUCCAAAGUAAUGGAGGAUCUCAUACCGCUUUACCUGGACAAGGAGUUGUACCCUGUUGUCACCGGUGGGGUGACAGAGACCCAAGAGUUGCUCAAGCAGCGCUUUGAUCACAUCUUCUACACUGGAAAUGGCACAGUGGGUAAAAUCAUCAUGGAGGCUGCUGCUAAACACUUAACCCCUACCACUCUGGAGCUGGGCGGAAAGAGCCCGUGCUACAUUGACAGUAACUGUGACCUCGCCAUUGCCUGCCGGCGUGUUGCAUGGGGAAAGUUUUUAAACUGUGGUCAGACCUGCAUUGCUCCGGAUUAUAUACUGUGUGAGCCCAGUAUGCAAGACAGAGUGAUUGAAGAGCUCAAGAAGAAUAUUAAAGAUUUCUAUACCGAAGACCCCACAAAAUGUCUGGAUUACGGACGCAUCAUUAAUCAGCGCCAUUUCAAGAGACUGAUGGCAUUGUUAGAGGGCAGUACCAUCGCUGUGGGCGGUGAAAACAACGAGUCGGACUGCUACAUUGGUCCAACAAUUUUACGGGAUGUGAAGCCGGAUGCCAAGGUGAUGCAGGAGGAGAUCUUCGGGCCUCUGUUGCCCAUCCUGACAGUUAGCGGUGCAGAUGAAGCCAUCAAAUUCAUCAACCAGCGAGAGAAACCCCUUGCCUUGUACAUCUUCUCUUCAGACGACAAGCUGAUCAAGCGCAUGAUUGCAGAGACCUCUAGUGGUGGAGUUGUGGCCAAUGACUGUUUGAUGCACUUCUCAGUAAGCUCUUUGCCUUUUGGUGGAGUUGGUAACAGUGGAAUGGGCUGCUAUCACGGCAAGCACGGCUUUGAUAACUUGAGCCACUUGCGUGGCUGUCUAAUCAAAAAGUUGAAGAUGGAGAAUGUGAAUAAGAUGCGUUACCCACCACAUACAGUAGAUAAGUUGGGCUGGGCACGCUUUUUCAUCCUCAAACACGUCGACUUCGGCAGCCUGGGCCGCAUGAUGCUGCUGGCCCUGAUGGUCAUCUUUGCUGCAGUGAUUGUACAGAGAUACUUUACUGACUAAGAAUGUGAAUAAUAUGAAGUAAUCUUACCUCCACCCUGAACACAUAACCACACAAGACCUUGGUCAGAUGGUGGACUAACUCCUACUGAAGUGCUGCUUCCCUCCUUUGCCUUAGUUUUAUUAUCAUGGCCAUGGUUAAUUUCAGUCAUUAUGACAAUGCUGCAUUUGAGGUCACUGAAACUUACAUACAAUUUUAAUACUAAUUAUUAUGAUAUCUGUAGCACUUUAAUCAGUGUCAGUUUUAGAAUACACUAUUUUUAUGAAGCUCAAAAACCCUUGCCACCCUGUCCAUCAUGUCUAGGAUGUUUUUAAAUGAAGGAAAUUAAGAUCUCUUAUGCAGUAUAAAAACAUGUAACUUAUAUGUUAUUUUAAAUAAGUCCAGCAUUUUGAAGAAAUGCACAUUUCAAACUAAAUGUGAGUCUAAAUGUGAGUUUUGUCAACCGUUAACAAGUUUGUGCUGCAGUCAGAGUUUUGACUAACUGCUUCAUGUGUAUACAGAAUAUAUAGUUAUUUUAUUUUUAAACAAAUAGUUUACUCAAAAAUGAAAAUUCUGUCAUCAUUUACUCAUCCUCAUGAUGUCCCAGACCUAUCUGUGCUUCCAUUUUCUAUGAAAUAAGAUGAAGCAAUUUUAAAAAAUAAUUAUGCUGCUCUUUUUUAUAUAAUGCAAGCAUGAAUAGGAACUGGGAACCAUAUGGAUUUGCAACAACAUGAGGGUGAGUGCCAAAAUUUGGUGAACUAUUCCGUAAAGAAAGCAGAUCAACAACACCAUAGAUGUUAAUACAAUAUACAUGACGUUUUACUCUAUAUAUGCUGAAAUUUGUAUGUUCUGUAUCUGAAGGAUCACUGCACCUGUUGCCACAUUUCCAUUAGUCCUAACAUACUGUAUGUGUCUUAUAAUAAUUCCAUAGAUAUAAAGAGAUUUUAUGACAUACAGAAAUCAUUUUUAAUGCAACAAUAAACUUGUUUUUACACA